AUGGCUCUGGGUUGGGGCUGGGGUUGGGAAGUAAGUUGGUUUGGGAGUCCCUGCAGGAAAGACAAGUACGAAAAGCACGUGCGUGAGUUUUGGGUCGACGUUGAGACGGUUGGUCGACUUGACACACUGCACAGUGAAGAGCUCAAUCAGAGCUACGUGAUUGUGGAUGACCAUGAUUGCGAACUCCCCUCUCCCAUGCUGGGAAAGAGUUCCUCUGCGUGUCUUGAGCUAGACGGAGAUGAUACCGAUGAGGAUGAGAAUGAGGAUGAUGAUGAGGAUGAGGAGAAGGAGGAGCCAACCCCCAAGUCGAAGAGCAAGAAGAAGCGAGCAAAGACUACUCCAAGCCCCAAGUCCCGUCGCAGAGCCAUCCUGAAGAAUAGCAGCACCAAGACGACCAGGAGUGCAAGGAAGGAGAUGGAUCGCAUCCCCACCAUUCUCACUGAGAUCCUGAAGCUCCGCAUCAAGAUGGACAACACCAUGGAUUCGCUGAAAAAAACCAGCGGGGAGGAUGCAAAGAAGAGCUUGACAACCAUGACAGAUCAGGCGGACAAGCUAAUGGUCUUGCACGAUGACUUGGCAGAGCUAAAGGCGGAGCAUGGACAUGGAUGCCCUGACAAAGCGUCAUCCCGUGUGGUGAUGGAAGAGAAGAAAUUGAAGCGGACAGUCUUGCGCCCCAAGCAGGCCAAGUCCAAGAAGAACCCGAAAUCCAACGCCGGUGAUGAUGAUCAUGCUUCCACGGAUGAGGUGCGAUACCCGCAUCAUCUGGAGAUGUUGGAUCUGCAUCGGUUUCAGACAGGCUCCUAUGCAACAUUGUUUCUGGCUUCAUCGAUGAAUGCAGAGCGGCUGACCCGGCGCUUCAAAGCCCAUGAUCCGCAGCAUCCAGUUUUUCAGACACACCGAAAGCGAUUAGACCAGGUGCUGCCAUUGCAGAUCCAUGCGGAUGAAGGCCAAACUCUCAAGAAGACUGGAGUCAUGGUGAUCAAUUGGCAGUCGCCACUAGGCUUUGGAACCUCCAUGCAAGAUGACUGCCCAGAAGCUAUGGGUCUCAACUAUAUUGGGAACUCAUAUUCUACGCGGUUCUUAUUCACAGUUUGCACCAAAAAGACCUACCGGAAAAAGAAUGCCUUCGUACUUGAUCGCAUCUUCGAAAUCUUGGUGGAUGAGCUACAUAGCCUGUUCCAUGAAGGUGUCUGUCUAACAAUUGCUGGUCAGGAGAUGCGGUUCUUCAUAGCUACCAUUGGAAUGAAGGGCGAUUGGCCGAUUCAUGCUCGUGUUGGUCAUCUUACUCGACACUUUGCGCGUAAAGGUGUGUACCAGGUUGUCCUGACUGACUACAAAUUGGUGGGGCCUGGCGAUUUCCAGACGCAGCUGGACCAGAUUUAUGGGAUGUGGUUCAAGGGGGCUGAUACCACUGCUGUUUGCCUUUUUUUCGAGCACUGGCUGAUGUCGAACCUGAACGACAUAUCGAAUGACAGGGCGUACUUCGUAAGUAUGCUGUCGGCCUUCAAGAGUGCCAACACUUUCUUGAGGACACUUUAUAGAAGUGGUUUGUUUUUAUCCCGAGAGCGCUGUCGCUUGGCUGCGCAGGCUGGUGUGGACUUUAUUCGGGCGUAUCGCGAAGUUGCAUCGAUUGCAUACUCAAUGGGCCGCACGCGUUUCAAGCUCACUCCGAAGCUGCAUGCUUUCUUUCAUAUCGUGGACCACUUGUGCGUGGCAUAUGAGGCUGAGCGUCGCUGGACAUUCUCACCUUUGGGUGAGAGUGUCCAGAUGGAUGAGGAUUUUGUUGGUCAAAUCAGCUCAUUGACGUGCACAGUCUCUACUCGCAAGGUCCAUCUCGAGUCCGUACGCAAGUACUUGACUAAUGUAUG